AUGGACUCGAGCAGCGUGCUCGACUCGGAGCUCGAGUUCUUCAGGCAACAAUGGCUUUCAGAAGUCCGCAUCAAAAAGGGGGACGUGAGCUCACGGCAACCCCAACGCCGACCGUCUGAUGGCCCAGAACCCCCGCCGACUUCGCCUCCAGCACUCGCUGCCCCCAGGGCCCGACCUUCACGUCCUGCCCCGGUAAUCGAUAAGCAAGACCACGUCCUCCCCGACCUGAAUUCUGUCCAAGAUCCCGGUGCGCCGUCGGGCAACGCGGACGAUGGGUCAGUGAGGCUCUCCUCUGGAAAGGACUCCGUCUCCGCGCUGGAUCACUUUGAAGAAGCCAUGGAAAAGGAGGCAGAGGGAAACAUGGGCGAGAGUCUGAAGCUCUACAGAAGGGCUUAUCGACUAGACAACCGGGUUGAUCGCAGGUAUCGCGAAAAGUACUUCCCGUCCGCGCCCAAGCUUGCCGCCCCUCAAGCGGCCUCGCAACCGCCAGACGCGAGACAGGCUCCAUCAAUAGACCAUGACGUGCCCGUCGCUCUGCCUCUUCCCACGGACGACCUAAUUGCCAGCUUUUCCAACCUCCAAAUCGAGGCACCGCCCUCGGAAGUAGAUGGCGCUCCUCCCCCACCAUGCCCGAUCUCCACCCUCCCGAGGGAGAUACUCAUCCACAUCAUGCAGGACGUGGCGUACCACGAUGUCGGCGACUUUGCCCGCUUGUCGGUCGUUUGCAAGCCCUUUGCGUACCUGGUCGCCACGGAGCAACGCACAUGGCGCCAGGUUUCCCUCUCCACCAAAUUCGGCUUCACGGCCAUGCACUUCCACUGGAAUAAAACCGUAGAAUGGGUAGACAUCAUGAGGGAGGAUGCGCAAUGGCAAGACGGCACUCUCCUCAGCGUAGGACAAGUCGCCGAGCGACGACUUGCUCAAAACAUCCUCACGAGCAAAUCGCUCGUGCCGGACCCCUAUCCAGACUGGAAGCAAAUGUUCCGAACACGACCCCGGAUACGGUUCAACGGGUGCUACAUCAGCACGGUGAAUUACGUCCGCACAGGACAGGCGUCAACGAACCAGGCGACGUGGGGUGGUAGCCCCAUCCACAUCGUCACCUACUAUCGGUAUCUGCGUUUCUUCCGCGACGGGACAGCAAUCAGUCUCUUGACCACCGCUGAGCCAAGUGCUGUGGUGCACCAUCUCACACGCGACAUGCUCGACUUGCAUCGCGACAACCCACACGCAAACUUGCCGUCGGCGGUCGUCCAGAGGGCGUUUAAAGCCCGUUGGCGGCUAUUCUCCAUCCACAUGGACUGGAAGCGUGACGACGGGCCAGACCAUCGACAGCUCCAAGACGGGGAUGUGACUGUCGAGACGGAAUCUCAUGACCCCAAGUACAUGUUUAGGAUGGACCUGUCGCUGCGCACGGCAGGAAAAGCUGCCAGGAACAACAAGCUUGUUUGGAGAAGCCAUUUCAGCUAUAACAAGCUGACCGACGACUGGGCCGAGUUCACGCUGAAGCACGACAAGGCGUUUUUCUUUAGUCGGGUCAAGAGCUAUGGAACGGGUGAGUAG